AAUUUUAUCGAUGACCGACCGAUUCAGUGGAGAUACGACAUCGUUCCAUCGCGUAGCUGGUGCAGCGUUUCCUGGAGCGCGUACAACGCACGCUGCUGCAGAAGUGUCGGAAACGAUUAUGUGGACCGCGAAUUUUCGCAUCGAACACGCUAAUCGGCAAAAUUACCCGCGGACCCGAAUAAUAAUCUCGGCCGAUAUAAUGGAAGAUUCUAGCCUCUUGUUCGAACUGUAUUGUACAUUUCGUAAAUACGUGCGCGCGUAACGGGUGCGUACGAAAGUACCGCGUGUCGCUAGUGAAAACGAAGUCAAGUUCUCGGAAAAUAAAAUUCGUCCGUGCUUUCGAAACGAUUGUCAACGUGAAAGUGAGGCGGAUAAUUAGUGCCAGUGCGCCGAAUUGAACGCGUCGUGUAAAUCUGAAAUGGAAAACCAUUCCAACGGAGAUAACGACCUAAUAGGUAGCGCAAUGGACGCCGAGGCAGCCCUCCUCGACGUCUCGCCGACUCUCUCGGUAAUAUCUUCCCCCGAUUUGACGGAAUCCACGUACCCCGGCGGCGCCGUAUCCGUGUCGUUCUCCGCCUCCCCCCAAACACCGGGGUACAAAAAAGUACACGAGGAAAAUUUGACACCCAGACCGACACCGAGACAUCCGGCACCUCCGAAAAAACCGAAACUCAGGAUACGACUGCCCUACUUGAUGAUCUGCGUAAGCUUGAUCGAGAUAUACGUACAUUGCUUGGGCGACGAAGCCGUUCUACGACGAUGGCUCGUUUACGAUCCUCGACAACGUGUUCAAGCAUGGAGAUUCGCCUCGUACAUGUUACUGCACUCGAAUAUUCUACAUCUAUCGCUAAACGUCGUCAUUCAGUUGGUUCUCGCCGCCCCUCUAGAGGUUGAACAGGGGUGGCUCGGCGUAGCGGCAGUUUACCUGGGCGGUGGGAUAUGCGGCGCUCUAGGUGCUUCUCUUCUUCAACCGAGUCUUUAUCUCGUCGGAGCUUCGGCCGGCGUCUACGCUCUCCUCACGAGUCACCUGGCCCAUUUAUACCUGUGCCACGGGGAACUUCGAUACGCGGGUUGGCGCCUUGGAGCAGUUUUUCUUUUAGCCGGCGCGGACGUAGCUUCGGUACCUGUACCGGCACUUUUGGGUUACGGAAGGGUUGGUUGGGCAGCGCACGUCGCCGGUGCUUUGGCCGGCCCUCUCUUGGGACUGGCAAUAUUUCCAAAUCAGAGCAAAAAGGAUUCUAGGGGUAGAAAGUUCGUGCGCUUCGUAAGGUUCUUGGCAGGCCUUGGCGUAAUGCUUUUGAUCGUCGGAGCGAUACUCGGCAACAUUUACCUGAUCGCUAUACCCCAGCAGCGAAAACCCUCAUGACAAAGAACCGAACUAUUCGUUAAGUUCUGCAAUAGGUCUUUUCUUAUAGUGAAAAUUCAAGAGGCGGCUGAGGCGAUUUACGAAUAGAAAAUCGCCAGAUUAAUUAUACAAAAAUUUCAUCCCCGAAGACCUAACUCUUUCAUUAUACUGUCCUAACGUCGAGUUUUAACUAACGAAAGGAGAAUUUUUGAUAAUUUCUCAUUACUUUUUCUAUUCAUUUUCUUUUUUUCUUUUUGCUUUCUGGCCGCGUGUACUUUAGCAGAAAUUGAAUUAGUAUCCUCAUACUUCAUCUACCCUACAUUAUACAGAAUUAUUACGACGUGUGAGAUAAUUAUUAUACAUCAGAUCACACUGCACGAUUAUUAUUUUGCUAGGCAUAAAAUUUUGUACAUAAAUUAAUCAUGUACAUGAUAUGUACAUAAUGAUACUCCAUACGUACGUGUACUACAUGUAUGUAUUUCGUAGUGUACGCGGACGUAAUAAUUUAAUUUAAUUCAUUACGACUCGUACGUUGUGAUUACGGUUAUUAUAUAAUUCAUGAAAACUAACUAGAUUAAUUCCUUUCGUCGACAAAUAGAAGAAGAGACAAAAAAACAAGCGCAAAAAAAUGAAUAAAAUUCAAACCCCUUGUAUUUAUACUUAUACAUACAUUACGCAGGUAUAUAUAUAUAAUUGUACGUGUCAAUUUUUAUACUCGUUGAGAUAAUCGCGAUUCGAAUCUCAAUUUUUCAGUGAAAAUAUUCGUAUAUAUCUAUAAGACCCUAUAUAAAGUUAUGUAUGGGGGAAGGUGGGGCAUGAAACCCCGAGCUUUGUCAAACUUAAGUACGAUGAAAAUUCUUUCUCUUAUUUGUAUUGAUUUGAAGUGAAUGAGAAAGAUUUUGAUAACUGAAAAUCUAACUAAUUAGUUCGUCGCAACUUAAUAAUAAAAAUUACAUCAACAUUCAUAGUUAUUACCAUCAAUAUUUCUUUUGAUUACAAAAAAAAACAAAUUUUCAAAAUCCAGAAUAAUGUUUGAGGUCUUCGUCGAUCAUUUUCAAAAAAAUUUUGGGGUAUAAUCCCAUUUUGCCCGCCUUCCCCUCUUAUGUAUCUAGUUAUAAUCACAGACGCAAGCCGAAAAUGUUGAUAAUUUUUUUUUUAAUCCAAGCUUCGAACUUGCUGCCAAAGUAUGCUCGUACAUAUACUUCUACGAAUAGACGAAGUGAGUUAUAGAACAAAAAAUAGGACGAAUGGAGAACAAGAAAUAGAAGAAAUUUAAAUUCAUCCGUACUUCUGUAACGCUGUAAUUAAGUUAUAAAUAAUUAAUGAUCCGAGUUGAACUCUUAUUGUUGAAUUGAAAUCAUUAUCACGUAUUAUUAUCAUCGAUAAAUCAUACAUCGUCGUGAUGUAAUGUUGAAAAAAAAAAAGACGAUCACAUCCAUUUAGAUAGGUACUAUGAAAUAUAUACAGAUCAUAUAGUUAUAGGCUAUACUCGAAUUAUUCAGUUGGAAUAAUUUUUAAAACUUAUUAAUCAAUAGGAAAAUUUUUUCAUUGUAAAUAUUGUGUGGAUUAUAAGCGUGUAAAUAAUAUAGAAAUCCGGUGCAAUAUCGUUGCCUAAAAUAGAACAGAAAUCGAUUGAUUCUUUCGACAAGCUUAAUCAGUUAUUGAUCAUUUCAUCGCGUCAAAUUUUCGUAAAUCCAAUCGAAACACCAAAAACCGUCCAAAUUUCGGAUGAGACUUUGUCGCGAUUUGGAAAUUUUAAUCGAGAAAAAACUAAUUAAUCGAUUUCGGCUCCACAUUCAUCAGUAGGAUAUUAUAAUAGAUCGAUUGCAUGGAAAAAAAAACGAUAAAUACAAAAAAAAAAAAAAAAUAUGGCGCUUCUUGAUUACAAUUAAGCGCAACGAGCUCUGUUAAAGAAUUCUACAUGGCUCGCGGUGUACCGAGUAUAGCUCUUACAUACAUGUGUGUGUGUGUAUACAGGGUAGGUGAGUUGUCGACUAUCGGUAUGUUUCCCAUUGUUAUAUGUAUACAUACCAGAUUGUAUACAAUAGCCGGAGAGAAACACGUGAUCAAUUAGGGGUAACUAAACUACACACACCACACAUACUCCCCGUGUUAGCAACGAGUUAGCUGCUCGAAGCGAUAUCCGCGCGUAGCCAAGUUGCGCCCUAAUAAAGUGCAGAUGUAAACUUAUACAUAUAUAUGUAUAAUGUAUAUACCAUGUUCACGCGUACUGUACUCGUACAUAUGCGGCUGAAUAUCUAAUAGAUCUCCAAUAAGAUACAUGGGUAACUCAGAGAUCGGUGCGUCUGAUCGCUUAUAUGUACAUAUAUAUAUCCCUCUACGUAAUACACACCUACAAUAUGUAUCUAUAAUAAAUAAGGUGGAAAUAUAUAUAUAUAUAUAUAAUGUAUACAUAAGUAAUUAUUAUAAUCAAUUAUCAAAUAAACUGGCUGUGAUUAUUCAAGUGUUAAGUAUUGUCAUAAAAUAAUAUAAAUAUAUGUACAUAUAAUUGUGUAUAUAUGAUACGGUACAUACUGCACGUCAUAAUUACCGGCUAUCAUGUAUAACUCCCAAUGAUACUUGGGAAUGUGGUAAAUUCAUGAAAUAUACCCUUUAUGGCAAUAUUAAUUAAUCCACUAUUUGUUAGCUGCAUACAACUUUCCUUUACCAUAAAACCUUUGUUACUGCAUUUUGCGUCUGUCAUUUUCUGUUAAAUUUGCAUGUUGAUAUCCAACUUGUUGACAUAAAAUAAAUUUUAUGGCAAGAAUGCAGAAACAAUGAUCAUUCUUUUUCGGCGGAACUCGGUUAUUUUAACUCAAUGGCGGUUAAUUUAUGAAAUUCACCAGCGAGUGCUGGAGCGUUGUAUUUUGUUGCAAAAUGAGCGUUGUAUUUGAUGGAUAGUUACUAUUAUAUGUUCAUUAUAUUCUGAAACAUAAUUGGGGAUUGUAGAUACCAGUCGGUAAUCACGCAUAGUAACUGGAUUAAACGAAACUACCGUACCACAUAUAAUUUAAUUAUGUAACGAUAUUCUAAUCCAUGUAAUUCACCUAUUAAUACUAUACAUAUACGACAUUAUAUAUAUAUAUAAAAUAAUUGAAUCAUCCGCUGUUCAUGUGUCAAACAAUCAAAAAUUGAUAUAAAAAAGAAAAUGAUGACGAAAAAUAAAACCACUGUUUGAGAAGAAAAUAUUAUAAUAAAUUCAUGAUACGUAAAAUAAACGUAGAUUGUAAAGAAAAAAA